UUUACUAUCAGCUUUUUAAUUAUUAUUAUUUUUUUGUUUAAAAAAAAAACACACAUAUUUUGAAAUGAAAACAAUAUUGAAAUAACCCAUCAAACACAUGCUACAACCCUAUAUGAAGCCGCACUUGAGAAUAGCAUCCCUGCCUUGAAUGAGUUGCUAAGAAAAGAUCGAUUUAUUCUCGAUCGAUGCAUAAUUGAAAAAUCAUGUAUCGCCAUGCAGUCUCCAUUACAUGUUGCUGUAAAAAUGGGGCACUUAAAAUUCGUAGAAAAAAUUCUAAGUGUAAAGCCGGAAAUGGCUGAGGUGGUUGAUCAAAUAAAAAGAUCAACACCGCUACAUAUUGCUGCUGCAAGAAAGGAAAGGGCAGGACUAGCAGAGGCAGCCGGGCAAGAUCAUAUUGCUGCUGCAGGGAAGGAAAGGGAGGGACUAGCAAAGGCAGCCGCGCAAGAUCAUAUUGCUGCUGCAGCCGCAGGGAAGGAAAGGGCGGGACUAGCAAAGGCAGCCGUGCAAGAUAAUGAAAAGAUCAUCGAAAUCUUGCUCGAAGUGGCACCAAACAUGUGUUUCGUGCACGAUCAAGAUGGAAUGACGCCCCUUCAUGUCGCGGCUGUAAAUGGUAAUACCGAAGUGCUUAAACAGCUUCUCAAAAAGAAGCGUCAGGCUGCUUUGGAACGGACUACGAAAGGUGAGACUAUUUUACAUUUGUGCGUGAAAAAUUGUCAGGUAGACACCUUGGAAGCAUUGGUUAAGGAUACAUAUGAUCUUGAGUUACUUAACUCCGGAGAUAAUGAUGGCAACACAGUCUUGCACCUUGCUGUGGCUUACAAAGAAUUUAAGAUGUUAAAGUUUUUACUAGAUCAAGGUGAUGACAAGAUAGAUAAAAAUGCUUUGAACAAGAAAAACAGGACGAUGAAGGAUAUUUUUCAUCUUACAGAAAGUGCGAAGGAUUCUAGAGAUAAGAAAACAUUAACAUAAUCUUUGUGUACAAUAUUCGGAAGGAAGAGGGAGGAAGUUGAAGCAGAUAAAUCGAAAGAUGAAUCUAAAGAAGAAGAUAAAAAACUAAGAGAAGCUGAUGAAAACAUUCACAACUUACUUAGAGAGAAGCAUGCAUUACGUUCUAAAAAGGUGUUGAAGCGCACCGAAGACGAAAAAUGGUUGGAGGAGCAGAACACAGCUCUAAUGGUUGUUGCAUCUUGUAUCGCGACCUUGUCGUUCCAAGACGGAAUUAAUCCACCCGGAAGCGUUUGGACGGAUAAUGAAAAAGGUCAUGUGGCAGGUACGUCCAUAAUGUCAUAUGAUACCGAUAAAGAUUCAUACAAUCUAGUACAAGUUAGCAACACAAUGUGUUCAUUUUGAGGGUUACUUUGUGGAUUGCUGUGACUGCGAGUGCAGUUACUUACUUUUACACGAUAGGGUACAUUACUAAUGAGCUUGGGGACAAAGCGGCCUUAGUCGAUGCUAUGGAAUAUUCCGUCGAGGUCUGGCUAUGGCUCAUGAUGGUCAUACUCUUUGGACAUGGUUUGCGCUUCAUAUGGAAUAUUAUGGGUCAUAAAAAGAGGAAAAAUAUUAAACAAACUUUGAAAACUGAUCAGUGGAGUCGGUAUUGUUGAUCAUCACUUAUGAUAUUAAAUACUCUGCUUAAUUAUUAAUCAUCGCAUUAACAAUAAAAUGUACCAUCCUGUGUGUUUUAAUUAACAAUAAAAUAUUAAAGAAACUUUGAAAACUGAUCAGUGGAGUACGGAUCAGCGUAUGUACGAAUCGGUGUGUCUGUCUGCGUAAUAGAUC